AUCAGCUGUGUCCAAUCACAGCUGAUCACAUAGGGGACAUGUACACUGAUCAUCAGGGCACUGAUGAUCAGUGUGGCCCCAGAAGUGCCACCUGUCAGUGCUCAUCAGUGCCAUGUGCCAGUGCCACGUGCCAGUGCCCAUCAGUACCACAUAUCAGUGCAUACCAGUGCACAUCAAUGCCACAUAUCAGUGCCCAUCUGAGCUACCUUUCAAUGUCACCCAUCAGUGCCAGUCAGUGCCACCUAUCAAUGCCAAUCAGUGCCACCUAUCAG